AUGAAGCUGAUUUUGAUCUUCAGUGCCCUCUUCGGGGCUUCCUUGUGCGUGGAAACUUUUGUCGGGCACCAGGUUCUCCGAAUCAAGACAAGAAAUGAGGAGGAGGUUAAGCAGUUACAGCUUUUGGAAUCGCUGGAACACCUUGAGCUUGAUUUCUGGAUAAAUCCCUCCUCUGCUGCCCUCCCUGUGGAUGUGCGAAUCCCUGCUAACAAUGUCCAAGCAGUCAAAGCCUUCCUGGAGUCCAAUGGGAUUCAGUACUCCAUCCUGAUUGAAGACCUGCAGGUUGUUCUGGAUAAAGAAAAGGAAGAUAUGGCCUACAGUGAACAAAGGGAGCGCAGCAGCAGCACCUUCAACUAUGGAAUGUACCACUCUUUAGAUUCUAUUUAUGGAGAACUGGAUCAUCUCGCAUCUGAGUACAGCAACAUUGUCAGCAAGAUCCAGAUUGGGGAAUCCUAUGAAAAGCGGCCUUUGUAUGUGCUGAAGUUCAGCACUGGCGGAAGCAACCGUCCUGCAAUCUGGUUGGAUGCCGGUAUCCAUUCCCGAGAGUGGGUUACUCAAGCGAGUGCAAUAUGGAUGGCUAAAAAGAUUGCCUCCGACUAUGGGAAUGAUCCGUCCAUCACCUCUCUGCUGAACAAAAUGGACAUUUUUUUUGAAGCCGUAGUGUUUCUUUUUUUUUUUUUUUAGAACCGCAUGUGGCGGAAGACCCGCUCCAAGAAUCCAGGCAGUUUGUGUGUUGGAGUUGAUCCAAACAGGAACUGGGACGCAGGUUUUGGAGGUCCUGGAGCCAGCAGUAAUCCCUGUUCUGACUCUUACCGUGGGCCCAGUGCCAACUCAGAGGUGGAGGUUAGAUCUGUCGUCAACUUUAUUAAGAAUCAUGGAAACAUCCGGGCUUUCCUCACCCUCCACAGUUACUCUCAGCUCCUGAUGUAUCCCUAUGGCUAUAAAUGCACUGAACCGGCGGACUACGUCGAGCUGGAUGCCUUGGGAAGAGCUGCCGCCAGUUCCAUCCGGUCCCUGUAUGGCACCACCUUUACAGUGGGGAGCAUUUGCACUACUAUCUACCAAGCCAGCGGCGGCAGCAUUGACUGGAGCUACGAUUAUGGCAUCAAAUACUCUUUCGCCUUUGAGCUGCGAGACACGGGUCGCUACGGUUUCCUCCUGCCAGCCAGCCAAAUUAUCCCAACUGCAGAGGAGACCUGGCUGGGGCUGAAAAAAAUCAUGGAGCACGUGCGAGACAAUCCCUACUAAAAGCUGGGGUGGGAAUGGGCUGUCUGCAGCAGGAAGUUCAUAAAUCCUCUUGGUGUGCUUGCGACAGCUGUAAUGACGUGGCACCUGGCUGAAUAAAAACCCUGUGCGCA